AUGGGAUCGCCAAUUUCCCCCAUUGUUUGUAAUCUGUACAUGGAACAUUUUGAACAAUUAGCUCUUGAGUCAGCACCUCAUCCUCCAAUAUGGUGGUUUCGAUAUGUUGAUGAUACACACACUAAACUCAAGAAAGAAUUCUCGCAGGAAUUUACUGAUCAUCUGAACUUGAUUGAUCCGGACAUUCAAUUCACCACUGAAGGUGAGGAAGGACGGUCGCUGGCAUUUCUUGACACUUUGACGGUUAUUCAACCAGACGGCAACUUGGACAUCAAAGUUUACCGUAAACCUACGCACACCGACCAAUACCUGAACUUUUCCUCUAAUCACCCACUUGAACAUAAGCUUGGUGUGAUCAAGACUCUUUUCCAUCGAGCGGAAGCGGUUAUCACAGAUCCAGUCACCGUUUCUGAGGAAAAAGCACACGUUAAACGGGCUCUCUCCAAGUGCGGCUAUCCUAGUUGGGUCUUCAACAAGAUCGAUAACUCAGCUAAAAGAAAGUCUCCGCCUAGAAAGGACAACCCCAAGCCACCCAAAAGACAGAUUGUACUUCCAUACGUUAAAGGAUUAUCGGAAGCCCUUCGUAGGAAUUUCAGUCAAUUUGGCAUUAGGGUGUGUUACAAACCAACAAGGACCCUUAGACAGUACUUGGUUGCGCCGAAAGAUAAGACAGAGAAGAAGGAUAUCACCGGUCCUAUUUAUUUGAUUCCUUGUCAAGGACAGACGACUAAGGGUCUAUGUCAGGUAUCUUAUAUAGGAGAAACAGAACGUUCCCUUAGGACAAGAUUCCUUGAACACCGACGCCCUAGCUCCACUUCCUCCGAGGUAUCUCAGCACAUCCACAUCGAAUCCCCUGGCCAUCGUGUUGACAUCAACAAGGUACAAGUGCUGGACAGGGAACCGCGGUACUUCGAGAGAGGUGUGAAAGAGGCCAUCGACAUCCGGGCGUUCAGACCUUCUCUCAACAGAGACGGGGGGCGAUACAAGCUUCCGAAUGUCUACGACCCGAUCAUCGACCAUUACGUCACUAAGGUCAAAUCGGGUCACAUCGCUGACGAAGGUUGCAGUUAG